AUGUCCGGUAGAGGUAAAGGUGGUAAAGGUUUAGGAAAAGGUGGUGCUAAACGUCACAGAAAGAUCCUCAGAGAUAACAUCCAGGGUAUCACGAAGCCUGCGAUCAGAAGACUGGCCAGAAGAGGCGGUGUGAAGCGUAUAUCCGGUCUGAUCUACGAAGAGGUGAGAGCGGUGCUGAAGACGUUCCUGGAGUCUGUGAUCAGGGACGCCGUCACAUACACUGAACACGCCAAGAGGAAGACGGUCACCUCGCUGGACGUCGUGUACGCUUUGAAGAGACAGGGUAGGACUCUGUACGGUUUCGGUGGUUGA